GUUCUCACUGAUAGUUCACUCACUGGACUUAUGGUCUAUGGUUUAUUUCCCCGGGAUAUGUAUUAUUUUAGCAUUUAAGACUGAAUCAGUGGUGGUGUGAUACUAUAUGAUAAUUGGUGGAGAUGCAUUCCUCAGCCCUCUUCCUGAUUGUGCCUCUGAUUUUCACACUGCCUGGUGUCAAUGGGGGCAAGGUCCUUGUUUACCCAGAGGAUGCCAGCCAUUGGGUUAACAUGAGACUCUUGAUUGAAGAGCUACACUUGAGAGGCCACAGCGUUUCUGUGGUGCGACCUUCAGACAGCUGGUACAUCAAGGAGACGUCCCCUCACUACACCUCAAUCACAAUCGAUGGCAGAGGGGUAUCUGAAGAAUUUUUUGUCUCAUUUGGGUCUAGAUUGCUGCAGAUACAAAGACAAAGCAGAUCUUUUUGGACAAGUUUUAAACUAGGAAUGGAGAUGCUGGGGAUAGGAACUGACAUUGUAGCAAAGGAAUGUGAAAUGUUGAUCCAAAUGUUUGAAAAUCAGGGACUGAUGCAGUCUCUGCAAAUUUCUCAGUAUGAUGUGGUUCUGACUGACCCUGUUAUGGCUGGUGGGGUUCUUUUAGCCCAUUACCUUAGUUUACCUCUUGUUUACAAUGUUCGAUGGACUGUAAUGGGUGAAGGGCAUUUUGCAAUUGCUCCAUCUCCAUUGUCCUACGUUCCUAUUCCAGGACAAGAGCUAACGGACACCAUGAACUUUUUCCAGAGAAUUGAGAACAUGCUAACUCACUGUGUGUCGUGGUUUCAUGUGGAAUAUAAUAUAAAACCUCUUGUCAAUUCUUUGUCUCAUCGCUAUAUUGGCUCUGAGUUAGACUUCAUCCAGCUUGUUCAGGCAGCAGAUAUUUGGCUCAUGAGGGUAGAUUUUGUCUUUGAGUUCCCACGCCCCACUAUGCCUAACGUUGUAUAUAUGGGUGGAUUUCAAUGCAAACCUGCUAAUCCCCUUCCAGAGGACCUGGAGGAGUUUGUUCAGAGCUCUGGAGAACAUGGUGUCAUUAUUAUGUCCUUGGGAACAAUAUUCAGUGAGCUUCCCCAUGAUUUAGCAGAUGAGAUAGCUGCUGCUUUUGCCCAGUUGCCUCAGAGAGUUAUUUGGAGGCACACAGGGGACAGGCCUGCUACUCUGGGCAACAACACUCGGCUGGUCUCCUGGAUGCCUCAAAAUGACCUCCUGGGACAUCCUAAGAUCAGAGUCUUUGUUGCUCAUGGGGGAACUAAUGGAAUUCAAGAGGCCAUUUAUCAUGGCAUUCCAAUAGUUGGUCUCCCACUCAUUUUUGACCAGCCUGACAACCUUAAUAGAAUGAAAGUGAAGGGGGCAGCAAAGAUAGUGGAUAUUGUGACUUUAGACAGGAACAUCUUCCUCAAGGCCUUACAGGAAGUGCUCUAUGAGCCCUCCUAUAGGAUGAAUAUGCAGAGGCUCUCCAUGCUGCACCGUGACCAGCCAAUGAAGCCACUGGAUCGUGCCCUCUUCUGGAUCGAGUUUGUCAUGAGACACAAGGGUGCCGCUCACCUACGCACAGAGUCUUACAGGAUGCCCUGGUAUGUCUACCACUCAGUGGAUGUCAUCGGGGUCUUGCUGGCUGCCAUGUUGUUCAUCUUACUGAUUAUAAUGUUUGUUAUCAAGUAUCUGUGCUGCAGGGUGCUCUGUAAAAGAAAAAUUAAACCUGAAUAAGUGCUAAAACUUUUCAAUUUUAUUGACAAGAAAGAGGCUGCAUGCCAUUUUUACCUUCAGAAGGCCAAUUAUGGUAAAUUCACCUUCAGGUUCCAAACUUUUCUCCCCAAACUGGCUCUAGAGGCAAGGCAAGGCAAGUUUAUUUGUAUAGCACAUUACAACAAGGCAGUUCAAAGUGCUUUACAUAAAACUACAGCUGCACAGAUACUCAAGAUGACAGAAAUGAUGUCUUGUGAGUAGAGCCCGACCGAUAUAUCGGUUUGGCCGAUAUAUUUGGCCGGUAUCGGCCAUUAUUUGACUUUUUUGACGACAUCGGGAUCGGCAGUUAUGCAACCGAUGUGUCCCGAUUUUUAAAUAAGUAUAACAAACAAAAAAAAACUGAUUAUUUAUCUGUACUUGUCUGUUCGAACGUUGUAAUUGCUGUUUACUAGAAUUAUCCAGUAGAGGGAGCUCUAAUACAAGUGUGAACUGCAGCAGCUGACCCGCUACUUCUGUAAUAAGACGUUUGUCACUCGUGCCUCAUCCAAUAUUCUCCACUGCAUGACUUGUCUGCACAGAUUCGAUUGCCGCAAUAAAGGUAUGUAUAUUUAGUGAAAGUUUUUAAUUAAAUGCGUUUAUACGACCACUAUGUUUAUCAAUCCUCAUUAUCAAGCGAGCGAGCUAGCUAACAUAUUUGGUUCACUUUAGCAAGCUAGCUGGCUAGCAAGCCUUUAUGAAGUGGCAGUGAGCACAUAAGCAGCGUAGGAUCUACAUUUCCAGAGGACAUCACUGUAUUCUCAAAUAAAUAACCAGCCAAAAUAAAAUGGUGAUUGAAUGCAUCACACAUUUGUUUUUUUAUCUGAGAUAAUGAUAUUAGCUACUAUAUAAUGCUGUGUCAAUAGCCAACGCGUUAUUGCAAGCGAGUGUGUCAUCUAGUCACGCGUCAUCGUAGCAAGCUAACCAGACAGUAAAAACGCCGAUAAAAUACUUCUAACGUGGAUCAUUUUAAGCCAUUUUAUCUAGAUUUGUCGUGAUAACAUGAGAGAAGGAUUGCUGUUGGAGAAGUGAAUCAACCAACAGUUAGCGCGGGUAACCUGCACGAAAGCGCAUUGUAGUUUUUUUCACCACCGAAUUCUUAUGGACAAGCCUCACGGUACGUAUUUCUUCCAGUCAAUUUAGUUUCAUCUAAGGUUACACUUGAUUCACUCAUUAGCUCCGUUAGAUAAAGUCUUACUCUUUGAGAUCAUGUAGUAGGAAUAAAAUAAGAAAGUAUAAUUCAUUUACUGAGAGUAAAUAAGAAAUAAGGAGGCUAUGUCAACAGCUAAUGCGUUAUUGCAAGUGAGUGUGUGUCAUCUAGUCACGCGUCAGAGCGCAUUGUAGUUUUUUUCACUGCCGAAUUCUUAUGGACAGGGAAGCUCGCUAGAUAAAGUCUUACUCUUUGAGAUCAUGUAGUGGGAAUAAAAUAAGAAAAUAUAAUUCAUUUACUGAGAAUAGAUACUAAGAAAUAAUAACAAAUUAAUAACAACAACAACAAUCAUAAUAAUAUUCAUAAAAACACAUGUUUGUAACUGGAAAACUGAUUUUUUUUUAAUACAUUUUUUUAUAGAUGGCUGGAAAAGAAAGGAGUGAAAGCAACGUGUGGGGUUAUUUUGAAUUCACACCACUUGAAGAUGGUGUUGAUAUUAAAUUAUAUAUAUAUAUAUAUAUAUAUAUAUAUAUAUUGUCUUUUACAUUUUUUUAUCUAUCAAAAAGUUAUUUGUGUGUUUAUUUUUAUUUAUUUGUUUGCUUAUAAGUUAAAUGUUCUCAAAUACAGACACUUUGAUAAAAUAUAACUUUUUCUAAUUGAUUUGAAAAUGUUGCACUUUUUGACAAAAUAUCGGUCAAAACAUCGGUAAUCGGUGGGCUAGGACUCUCCAAAAUCGGGAUCGGCAUCCGUCGGGCUCUACUUGUGAGUAAUCUAGUAGUUGAUGCAAAUGCUCCAAAAAAAAAAAAAAAAAAACACUGAAGCCUUUCUAAAAUAUUGUAAAAUUCUGUAAUGUCUCCAUCUGGUGGUCAAUACAUGGUAAAACUAUUUACAAACUACUUUUGUAAUUGGGGAAAUUACCCAUCUAUUGUACAUGUGAUGAAUAUCAAAACACAUUUUUUGACUUGCUGUAAUAAGAUAAAUAAAAGAUGUGACAUGAUGAGA